AUUCAUUUCCAGUGACUCACCAAAUGAACUAAAGAACUCGGUGUUUGGGGGUAGUUUGUUGUUCUUGAAGAAAAUUGAUAAUUUUGCUAAUUUAAUUACAAUUAAUGUCAGUUGUAGCCUGUCUGCAAGUCUAAAUAAAUAAAAAACGUGACCAUUAAUUAUGCAAUAAAUAAGCAGCAACGAUCACUGCACUGAUAACGUAACAUAAAACCAGCCGCAACAUGCCAAAAUCAAUUGGGAAUUGUUGCCUGGCAUUGUUGUUUCUGCUGGUGCUGGGAACACCGGCGAUAUCCUCGCGUGUCCUGGAGCUCAGCGAUCGUUUCAUCGAUGUGCGUCACGAGGGCCAAUGGCUGGUGAUGUUCUAUGCCCCCUGGUGUGGCUACUGCAAGAAGACGGAGCCAAUUUUUGCAUUGGUUGCCCAAGCAUUGCAUGCGACAAAUGUGCGAGUUGGCCGCUUGGAUUGCACCAAAUAUCCAGCGGCAGCCAGAGAGUUCAAGGUGCGUGGCUAUCCCACCAUUAUGUUCAUCAAGGGCAACAUGGAGUUCAGCUAUAAUGGAGAUCGCAGCAAGGAUGAACUCGUUGAUUAUGCUUUGCGCAUGUCAGGUCCGCCAGUUCAGUUGGUUACCCGCACGGAGAGUGUGGAUAUGUUGAAGGGAUCCCACACGAUCUUCUUUAUGUUUGUGGGGGAGCAACAGGGCGUUGUGUGGGACACGUAUUAUGCCGCCGCUGAGGGCUAUCAGGAGCAUGGCUUCUUCUAUGCCACCAGCGAGGAUAUUGCUGCUCAGCAUUUCGAUUUCGAGAAAUUGCCAGCGGUGAUUGUUUACAAGGAGGAACAGCAUCAUUUCUAUCCACACGGACAUGUUGCCCACGAAAUGGACCCCAAUGAUGUCAAUGAGACCAUCUUUCAGUGGGUGAAUGUAGAGCGUUUUACACUCUUCCCCAAGGUGACGAGGUUUAAUAUUCAUCAGCUGCUGAAGACCAAAAAGUUUUUAGUCCUGGCUGUGGUGCAGGAGGAUAAACUCAGUCAGAUAGCCACACAUGAGCUGGAGUUCCGUGACAUGGUUGAGGGCGUCAUACGGAAACAUCGACCGCGAUAUCAUGACAAAUUCCAAUUUGGAUGGAUUGGCGAGCCAUCGAUUGCCCAUUCCAUAAUCCUGGAUCAGAUGCCAACGCCGCAUUUGAUAGCAUUGAACUCGACGACGCAGCAUCAUUAUAUACCCGAAGAUGAUCCGCUGCAGAUGACGCCGCAGGCUCUCCACUUAUUCCUGGAGUCCAUUAACAAUGAGAGCGCCACUGUCUACGGAGGCGAUUCCUAUUUUGUGCGCGUGAAUCGCGCCCUGUUCGAGCUGAAGCGAUCGAUGCGCGAGAUGUGGCGAGGUAAUCCAGUGCUGAUGACUGUGAUCUUUGGAUUACCGUUGGGUUUCCUCUCGCUCAUCAUGUACUCCAUAUUCUGUGGCGAUUGUCUGGUCACCGAGGAGGAGCAAGAGGAGGAUCACGAGAAGAAGGAGUAAGCCUAGUGAUCCGUGGAAGGCAGGAAGCAAAUCAAACCAAAUCAUCUCAUUGUUAGUGCAAUUCCCAAAACAUGCAUUACGCCAAAAUCUAGUCUUAUUUUUAAAAUGUGUUUUGCUUACAUAGAAACUCCUCUUCUAUCAUUAAGUAUAGGAAUUUUAAAUGCAUUUAAAAUUAUAGUUUCUAAAUUGCGAGCGUUCCCUGUACUUUGAAUUCGACAGCGAUUCCGAUUUUGUAAGAGAGAUUGAGAGCUUGAAUUGUGUGUUUUUAAUUUUAAUAAACAUAUAGUUGGUAAAAAGACCAAAAUCUAAA